GUCUCUGUGUCUCUGUGUGUAGGAGUUGAAGGCUCGUAUGCAGGAUGUGGUGACUCGUGAAGUUUGUGACAUCUUCAGCGACACCACCACCCCCAUCAAGCUCCUCACCGUGGCCGCGAUGGCCCCAGUCAACACUCCCAACCGAGACCGGGUGUUUGCCGAGCGUGCCGCUGCGUUUGAGCGCCACGCCGGCCGCCUGGCGUCCACGGCCGAGAAGGCGGCCUCCGUCGGGGCCCUGAACGCCGCCUCCGUCGAGGCCAUCACGGGCGCCGUGCGGGCCGCCCGCGAGCUCACCCCGCAGGUGGUGUCGGCAGCCAAGAUCGUUUUGAAGAAUCCGGGGAAUCAGGCGGCAGAGGAGCACCUGGAGACGAUGCGGAAUCAGUGGGUGGAGAACGUGGAGACGCUGACAGGGCUGGUGGACAGUGCGAUAGACACCCCGUCACUCAUCGACGCGUCUGAAGAAGCAAUCAGGAAAGACCUGGAGAGAUGCAAGGUUGCCAUGGCGACGAUGCAGCCCCAGACGCUGGUUGCCGGGGCGACCAGCAUCGCCCGGCGAGCCAACCGCAUCCUCCUCGUGUCCCGGAGGGAGACGGAGAACUCUGAGGAUCCUGCAUUCCGGGAGAGGAUCGGCAACGCCGCCUCGGACGUGGAGGCCGCCAUCGCCCCCAUGGUGAUGGGAGCCAAGGCGCUGGCUCACAACAUCGCACAGCCCGGGCUGCAGAAAGACUUCCUGGAGUGUGGGCAGCGUGUCCUUGAGUCUGUGGGCAGAGUGCGCGGAGCGUUCCAUACCCCGGAGUUCCCACCACCACCACCCGACCUGGACAGCCUCAACCUGUGUGAGGAGGAGGAGGCGGCCCCCCCGAAGCCGCCCCUCCCCGAGGGGGAUCUGCCCCCACCCCGGCCCCCUCCCCCUGAGGAGCGUGAUGACGAGUUCCCGGAGCUGGAGACGGGGGCGGAGGUCAACCGACCAAUCAUGGUGGCCGCCAGGCAGCUGCAUGACGAGGCGCGGAAGUGGUCCAGCAAGGGUAACGACAUCAUCGCGGCCGCCAAGCGGAUGGCCUUGCUCAUGGCCGAGAUGUCCCGCCUGGUGCGUGGAGGCUCCGGCAACAAGAGGGCCCUCAUCCAGUGCGCCAAGGACAUCGCCAAGGCCUCCGACGAGGUGACGGGGCUCGCCAAAGAAGUGGCCAAGCAGUGCACGGACAAGAGGAUCCGCACCAACCUGCUGCAGGUUUGUGAGAGGAUCCCCACGAUCUCCACGCAGCUCAAGAUCCUUUCUACUGUCAAGGCGACCAUGCUGGGUCGCACAAACAUCAGUGAUGAGGAGUCGGAGCAGGCCACGGAGAUGCUGGUUCACAAUGCCCAGAACCUGAUGCAGUCCGUGAAGGAGACGGUGCGGGAGGCAGAAGCGGCCUCCAUCAAGAUCCGCACGGACGCUGGACUCACGCUCAGAUGGGUCCGCAAGACUCCCUGGUACCAGUGAUGGACUCCGCCCCCGGUGCCAGUGAUAGACAAACGGGGAGAGACACGGGGAGAGAGAGACACGGGGAGAGAGAGACACGGGGGGGGAGA